AUGGCAAGUAAGAAUCUUAUUCCUCGCAAAUCAAAUGCUAGACCUAUAACCCCAGGAUCACGAAUUCAAAGCUCAUCAAAAAAAGAAAAUACCCCAUCCAAAAAUCCUUACAGUUCUUCCAACAAAAAUACACUCGGACCUCGGCAUAGACCUUCAUACUCUCAUUCCUCAGCUCCUUCAUCACUCGACGCAAUUACAGACCGAAUCGCUCAGCUCUUAAAAGACGAUUUCUUAAAAAAUCCUUCAAAAACUGCAACUGACAAUUUUACUCACAAUCACAAUCCACCGAAAACUUCCACCCCAAAAGGCAGCGACAAAAAAAAGGCGAAAUCUGCACGGCACAGCCGAACCUCUUCACUUGCAGAAAGGCCUUCAAGUCUGAACACUCUAAGGAAGCUUGAGCCAGAAAAAACCCACCGAAGAAAAUUUUCUCUUGAAACCAAUACAAAUAUCCCUUUAAUUUCACAAGUUUCAUUCUCUACAAAUAAAGGCUAUAUCCCUGAAAACCCAGGGAAAACAAACCAAGAUAACCACUUUGAGUUCACGAAUUUUGCAAACCGCUCUGAUAUGCAUUUAUUUGGAGUCUGUGAUGGGCAUGGAUUUUAUGGUGGAGAGGUUUCAGGGUUUGUGAAAAAGAGACUGCCUGAGCUUCUGGCAAAUGAUCCAAACCUGUAUACGUCUCCAAAAAAAGCAAUAAUAGCAAGCAUUUUAAGAUGCAACUCGGAUUUGCAAGACCUGGAAAUUGAUAUCAAUUUCAGUGGCACGACGCUGAUAAUGGUCCUUAUUAAAGGCACAACACUUUUUUGUGCAAAUGUAGGAGAUUCGAGAGCUUUAAUAGCUAGACAAGUCAAUGAUACGUCAAAUACGACAGCUUCAGGUAGACAUUGGAUGUCAAUUGUUUUGUCGCGGGAUCACAAGCCAGAUGAAAAAGACGAGUCUGCUAGAAUUUUACACUGUGGUGGCAGGAUUGAAUCUUACCAAGACGAACAUGGGAACCCUCUUGGGCCUGCUAGAGUUUGGCUUAAACACCAAGAUCUGCCAGGCUUAGCAAUGUCUCGUUCGCUUGGUGACGGUGUUGCCUCAUCUGUAGGAGUUAUAUGUGACCCUGAAAUCUUGGAAUUUAACAUGACCCCAGAAGAUAAGUUUAUCUGUUUAGGAAGUGACGGCAUUUUUGAAUUCAUCCCCAACGAAGACAUUGUAAAAAUCGUAGUCCCGCACUGGAGACUUCAAGACUCCGAUGGUGCUUGCAAAGCUUUGGCAAAAGAAGCUCACAACAGAUGGUGCAAAGAAGAAGAGGUGAUUGACGAUAUCACUUGUAUUUGUGUGUUCCUUAAUGUACUUAAAGCUUAA